GGCUCGUCAUUAAACUGUCAGACAUUGAGCUCGAUCGACAUUGCAGAAGACUACCGACUGACUGGUCUACAAAUCACCUUGCUUCAUAAAAAAAACACUCAUUAUUAUUUGUAGAUCAGUCAAUCGUUCACCAUUUACCCACAAUGCAUCGUGGACAUGAUGCUCUCAAACACGGCCAUGGACUUUAAAGGCUAAGACAUGGUUGGAAGUGCAAACAAUUUCUUACACGAUUUUCAGGCCUCGUCCAAUGGAAGAUGGUGUAGCUAGUUCCAUAAUCUCUAAAACUCAUCUGACAGCUACGGCAAAAGGGGGAUAUUUUCUCGAUUGAAGGGAAUAUAUGGGAUCGCAAGUUUCAUCGGAUGAGAUGAGUGUGCGCGGGGGGCAGGGUAGUGACGAGGUGCUGGUGUCCCAGGCGGUGUGGGACUACCUGGCUGCCGCUGGCCAGCCCUGGCUCAUAGACUUUCAGGACAAGCAGGGCUUGAGCGCCGGCAUCAUCCGCCGAGGGGAGCGGGGAGGCUGCUGCGCAGUGCGGCUACGCCCCGUAGAGGGAUCCCGCUCUGGGGGAGGACCCGGGAUGAUGGAGGAAGGACCCAUCUCCAACGAGACCCGCAAGGCCUUCAUAGACUUAUGCCGCUGCGCCCGCAAAGAGAUGAGCAAACAGGAUGGGGGUCCUAAACGGAAGAGGUCCCUGCUGCCCUGCGUUGGGGUGGGGGUCCUGGAGGGGGAUGGAGAGGGGAGCCUGCUACCACCUCAGCCUCCCCAGCCCAGACGCUCUCAGAGGCAGCAACAGAGAUAUAAGAAGCCAGCGGAGGAAGAGACCUGUGUGGUCCUCUCCAACUCCACGUCCCACAACGAAUCCGGACAGAGGAAGAUGGAGGUCAGCUGCAGUAUGAUGGCCUCCUCUCAUAACCAAUCCCACAGUGAAGCAGACGACUACACCUCAUGUUCCAUCUGCAUGGGUGACAUGGUGGAGAGGACCACGCUGGAGAGGUGCGGCCACGCAUUCUGCCGGUUGUGUCUGGACCAGGCAUUCAAGGUGAAGAGAGCGUGUCCUGUGUGUCGUCAGGUGUACGGCCAGCUCAUAGGGACCCAGCCGGCUACCGGGUGUAUGAUGGUGGAGAGGGACCCAGAUCUGGAGUUGACAGGACACGAGGGUUACGGGUGUAUCUGCAUCAUCUACAGCUUCCCACCUGGUUUACAGGCGCUGGAGCACCCUAACCCGGGGGUGAGGUACCCUGGGACGGACCGCGUGGCUUACCUCCCAGACAGCCCAGAGGGGAACCGGGUCCUGGGCCUGCUCCGCCGGGCCUUCGAGCAGCGCCUCAUCUUCACCAUAGGGACCUCCAUGACCACAGGAAUGCAUAACGUCAUUACCUGGAACGACAUCCACCACAAGACCUCCUUAUGGGGCGGACCACACUGCUUUGGAUAUCCAGACCCCACUUACCUGGUGAGAGUGACCGAGGAACUCAGAGAGAAAGGCAUCACUGCAGACUGACCGUACAGAUUCUAGAAUGAUUAUUCUAGGAACAUUUUAGGAACCUCUGACUAUCCUGCCCUGCUGCUGCUGGUGGUUGCUAGGCUGCAGGCUCCUGGACCAAGACCCAGCAGAGCAGCGGAUGAAUACGAGAUGUGACUGGGCCCCACAGCAGCCGCAGGAGUACGGCCCAGUGGAGGCCCACAUAUCCCUACAAGACCACUCGAUGGGGUCUCCUACCUUCCACUUCAGUCAAAUUUUCACUAAUCAUGCAUUGAUGUCAAUUGGAGACCAUUUGACUUAAGUGGAAUUUAGGAUUCACCCUUAUGUUCCUAUCCUCGUUAUCUAUCUUCUGAGUUCGGCUCAACCCAGCAGCACUUUGUGUGGAAGAGAACAUACAAAUGAGUGCAGUGCAAUCUCUGUGUGAGCUGUUUUUGGCUGCACUCAUCCAAGUAUUUAUCAUAUAGGGAUUCAUAAUGUGGAGGUACAUACUACUUAAAUAUUAUUUUGAAACCUAAGUUCAAAGAAUAGUCCUAUUUUGUCUGUUAUAUUAAUGUUUAUUUCCACGCUGGGACACACAUUCUUUAUUUACCUGUUAAAAACACAUGAUUUGUGCUCUGUCCAGUACGCUCGUAGAAUAAUUAUAUUUUUCUUUAUGUAAUUAUGUUAAUAAUAACCUGUUAUUUACACUGUAUUAAGACAGUACUCGAGAUAGUUGGUGGCAGGCAGAAUAGUACUGUCUGUUUCAAUAGAAAGCUCCUAAAGAAAUAAUUUAAUUUCUCUGAAAGGAGUUGCACUCGAAGGCACUUUGUCAAGGAGGGAGGGAGUCCAUCAGUUCAGUCACUGUUGGAGGGGGAGUUGUUCUCUGCAUAGAAUAAGAAUUAUCCUUUUGAAUUAGAAUGAUCAUUCUAAUUCUGUGGUUCUCUGCUUCCACUUCAGGGAACUGGUAGAUGGAAGAAUGCUCUGGAGCAAAGCCAGGCAGGCGUUAGUCGUUAGCAGCCGUGAAGCUAAUAGCCUGGUAGCUAUAAGUUGAUGUCAAUUUGCUUAGAGCCCUUCAUUUCCCUUUUGAUCUUCCUCUCCUUUGAUUUCUUCUCCUUUUUACUUAAAUAGGAAGAAUGUUUUUUAUUUGAUGUCUCUCUGCUGCACCGUUCGGUUCUAGAUGAUGAACCAGGAAUGUCCAGAUAGACUGACUACUAAGUAUGAGAUUCAUUGUCAUUCCUGACCGUCCCUUGCUCUCUCUCUCUCCCUUCGGUUGUUUCUCUACUCUAAGAUGUUAUCCCUCCGAAGACCUGUAUUCAAAAAAGUGUCUCAGAGUAGUAGGGCUGAUGUAGGAUCAGUGUGGCCUUUUCAAUCAUAAUGAAUGAGUAGGGACCCUGAUCCUAGGUCAGCACUCAUACUCUGACAAGCUUAACGAAUAGGAGACCAGGUUUUGAACGGAGUUCAGUUUGAUUUCCAGUCAGCCAGCCAGUCAGUCAGCACUCCUCAUUUUCUAAUAACCAGAUUUACUUGAUGUCAAAUAAGAAGGGCGUGAUGUCGAACCACUUAAACCAAAUCAAAUGCACAAUAGGGCUGUAUAUUUAUUACCUCUGACCCCGGCUGAAAUGGCACCCUAUUCCCUAUAUAGAGUAAUAGUGCCCGUAGGCUUCUGGUCAAAUGUAGGGCACUAAUAUAGGACUCUGGUCUAAAGUAGUGGAGGGAAUAGUGUACCAUUUUGGAUGCAAGCCCUAUCUGACCAGGAGACGUUUGUUUGAUGAUUGUCUCAUAAAUAAUGAGGUAUCUAUCUGCUGUAAUUCACAUUUGUCUUCUACGGGAAUAAUCUAGGAUUAACAAAAUAGUUACCUGUAAUAUGAAAAUGUUGAGGAAACUCCUGCAGCCCCUUACAGCGGUAUUGUCAGUGAUGUAUUUAGUUCCCUUGUUUUUGAUACAUUUAUCUAACUGUUAGCGUGCCUAUAUUCUGGUUUGAAGACAGUGGAUCAUGUUGAUGUUAAUUCAUGAAAAGCAUGUCUUUUUACUAGACUGUCUUAAUUGUUAUUUGGAGGGUGAGACUCAGCAGCGUUGUGUUAUCUGGCUUUCUGCCGUUUUUUCAGAAUAUAUAUACUGAUGUGUAUCUGCAUGAGUUUUUCUGUGAUAUGUCAGAUGAAAGCAGUCCAACGACGUAGCCUCACUCACAAAUGAUCAAGCUCUGUGUGUGAAAGAGUCAUUUUGCAUGAGAAAAUGAUGCAUAUAGAUAGUGCAGUGCUCUCCAACCCUGUUCCCGGAGAGCUACCCUCCUGUAGGUUUUCACUCCAACCCUGUUCCCGGAGAGCUACCCUCCUGUAGGUUUUCACUCCAACCCUGUUCCCGGAGAGCUACCCUCCUGUAGGUUUUCACUCCAACCCUGUUCCCGGAGAGCUACCCUCCUGUAGGUUUUCACUCCAACCCCAGUUGUAACUAACCUGAUUCAGCUCAUCAACUAGCAAUGUUUUUGGAAUCCGUUGUGCUUGAUUAGGGUUGGAAUGAACCUACAGAACGGUAGCUCUCCAAAAACAGGGUUUGAGAGUCCUGGUCUAGUGACUCUAUUCUGUUACCUUCUCCUAAUCAUUUGUCUGCAGUCAGAUGAUGUAAAAUAAUAUAAACUCAGCAAAAAAAGAAACGUCCUCUCACUGUCAACUGCGUUUAUUUUCAUGUGUAAAUAUUUGAAUGAACAUAUGAUUCAACCACUGAGACAUAAACUGAACAAGUUCCACAGACAUGUGACUAACAGAAAUUGAAUGUGUCCCUGAGCAAAGGGGGAGGGGGGGGGGGGUCAAAAUCAAAAGUAACAGUCAGUAUCUGGUGUGGCCGUGCAUCUCCUCCUCAUGACCUGCACCAGAUUUGCCAGUUCUUGUUGUGAGAUGUUACCCCACUCUUCUACCAAGGCACCUGCAAGUUCCUGGACCUUUCUGUGGGGAAUGGCCCUAGCCCUCAUCCUCCGAUCCAACAGGUCCCAGAUGUGCUCAAUGGGAUUGAGAUCCGGCCUCUUCACUGGCCAUGGCAGAACACUGAUGUUCCUGUCUUGCAGGAAAUCACGCACAGAACGAGCAGUAUGGCUGGUGGCAUUGUCAUGCUGGAGGGUCAUGUCAGGAUGAGCCUGCAGGAAGGAUACCACAUGAGGGAGGAGGAUAUAUUCCCUAUAAUGCACAGCAUUAAGAUUGCCUACAAUGACAACAAGCUCAGUCCGAUGAUGCCGUGACACACCGCCCCAGACCAUGAUGAACCUCCACCUCCAAAUCGAUCCCGCUCCAGAGUACAGGCCUCUGUGUAACACUCAUUCCUUCGACGAUAUACGCAAAUCCGACCAUCGCCCCUGGUGAGACAAAACCGUGACUCGUUAGUCGAGCACUUUUUGCCAGUCCUGUCUGGUCCAGCAACGGUGGGUUUGUGCCCAUAGGCGAUGUUGUUGCCGGUGAUGUCUGGUGAGGACCUGCCUUACAACAGGCCUACAAGCCCUCAGUUCAGCCUAUUGCGGACAGUCUGAGCGCUGAUGGAGGGUUUGAGCGUUCCUGGUGUAACUCGGGCAGUUGUUGUUGCCAUCCUGUGCCUGUCCCGCAGGUGUGAUGUUCGGAUGUAUUGAUCCUGUGCAGGUGUUGUUACACGUGGUCUGCCACUGCGAGGAUGAUCAGCUGUCUGUCCUGUCUCCUUGCAGCGCUGUCUUAGGCGUCUCACAGUGCGGACGUUGCAAUUAAUUUCCCCAGUCCUCAUGCCUCCUUGCAGCAUGCCUAAGGCACAUUCACACAGAUGAGCAGGGACCCUGGGCAUCUUUCUUUUGGUGUUUUUCAUAGGACACUAAAGAGGCCUUUCUACUGACUAAGUUUUCUUAACUGUGACCUUAAUUGUCUGUAAGCUGUUGGUGUCUUAACUACCGUUCCACAGGUGCAUGUUCAUUUAAUUGUUUAUGGUUCAUUUAACAAGCAUGGGAAAACGUGUUUUAAAUCCUUUACAAUGAAGAUCUGUGACAUUAUUUGGAUUUUUAUGAAUUAUCGUUGAAAGACAGGGUCCUGAAAAGGGGACGUUUCUUUUUUGCUGAGUUUACUAGGCCCAUACGUUCAUUAAAUAUCCCUUUCGUGUGCUAUAUACAGUUGAAGUCGGAAGUUUACAUACACUUAGGUUGGAGUCAUUAAAACUUGUUUGUAAACAAAUUUGUGGAGUGGUUGAAAAACUAGUUUUGGCAAGUCGGUUAGGACGACUUUGUGCAUGACACAAGUAAUUUUUCCAAUUUUUUUUUAGACAGAUUAUUUCGCUUAAUUCACUGUAUCACAAUUCCAGUGGGUCAAAAGUUUACAUACACUAAGUUGACUGUUCCUUUAAACAGUUUGGAAAAUUCCAGAAAAGGAUGUCAUGGCUUUAGAAGCUUCUGAUAGGCUAAUUGACAUAAUUUGAGUCAAUUGGAGGUGUACCUGUGGAUGCAUUUCAAGGCCUACCUUCAAACUCAGUGCCUCUUUGCUUGACAUCAUGGGAAAAUCAAAAGAAAUCAGCCAAGACCUCAGAAAAAAAUGGUUCAUACUUGGGAGCAAUUUCCAAACGCCUGAAGGUACCACAUUCAUCUGUACAAACAAUAGUACACAAGUAUAAACACCAUGGGACCACACAGCUGCCAUAGCGCUCGAAGUAGACGAAUUCUGUCUCCUAGAGAUGAAUGUACUUUGGUGUGAAAAGAGCAAAUCAAUCCCAGAACAAAAUCAAAGGACCUUGUAAAGAUGCUGGAGGAAAUGGGUACAAAAGUAUCUAUAUCCACAGUAAAACGAGUCCUAUAACGAUACAACCUGAAAGGCCGCUCAGCAAGGAAGAAGCCACUGCUCCAAAACCACCAUAAAAAAGCCAGACUGGUUUGCAACUACACCUGGGGACAAAGAUCCUACUUUUUGGAUAAAUGUCUGAUGAAACAAAAAUAAAACUGUUUGUCCAUAAUGACCAUCGUUAUGUUUGGAGGAAAGAGGGGGAUGCUUGCAAGGUGAAGAACACCAUUCCAACCGUGAAGCACGGGGGUGGCAACAUCAUGUUGUGGGGGUGCUUUGCUGCAGGAGGGACUGGUGCACUUAACAAAAUAGAUGGCAUCAUGAGGCAGGAAAAUUAUGUGGAUAUAUUGAAGCAACAUCUCAAGACAUCAGUCAGGAAGUUAAAGCUUGGUCGCAAAUGGGCUUCCAAAUGGACAAUGACCAAAUGCAUACUUCCAAAGUUGUGGCAAAAUGGCUUAAGGACAACAAUGUCAAGGUAUUGGGAGUGGCCAUCACAAAGCCCUGACCUCAAUCCCAUAGAAAAGUGGGUAGAACUGAAAAAAGCGUGUGUGAGCAAGGAGGCCUACAAUCCUGACUCGGUUACACCAGCUCUGUCAGGAGGAAUGGGCCAAAAUUCACCCAACUUAUUGUGGGAAGCUUGUGGAAGGCUAACUGAAAGGUUUGACUCAAGUUAAACCAUUUAAAGGCAAUGCUACCAAUUACUAAUUGAGUGUGUAAACUCAUGACCCACCGGGAAUGUGAUGAAAGAAAUAAAAGCUGAAAUGAUUCUCUACUAUUAUUCUGACAUUUCAGUCUUAAAAUAAUGUGGUGAUCCUAACUGAAUUUUUACUAGGAUUAAAUGUCAAGAAUUGUGAAAAACUGAGUUUAAAUGUAUUUGGCUAAGGUGUAUGUAAACUUCUGACUUCAACUGUAUCAAAUGGCACCCAAUUUCCUAUAGAUUGCACUACAGGGCUCUGGUCAACUGGAUGGGGUGGUGAAAUAUAGUGGACUAUAUAGAGAAUCGGGUGCUCAGAAGUGCACUACGUAGGAAAUAGUGUUCAAUUUGGGACGUAUACCAUUUUUUGUUUAGGGACCAACUGGAAUAUCUUUGGGAGACAUGAAUAGUAGUUUAAAUCAAGCUACCGUGCAAAUAUUUCUAUGCAGUGAACUGGGUGUUGGGAUACAGGGGAAUUAAUCAAUACUGAAAAGAGUUGCACAUUGCAAAUUGAUUGUUAAAAUGUUUUGCUUUUCUAAUUGUGUUGAUUUGUAUUUUAUGAGUCUGUUAAUAUUCAAAAAAUAAUGUGGUUUACAUUUUAAUACUUGAAUAAAAAAAUGUUUUGUUCUGUU